GUAUGGGCGAGUAACUAGAUGCUUGCACGAACGUACUCUGGACCAGCUUACACAGCAACCGACUUCUUGCUUGCGUGUGCUUUGUGUUGGAUUGGCUCAGAGAAACACUCAACGCCGCGAGCCAUCUCCAGUCUCUUUUGCUAGGAGAUAGUCGAGGUUCAUCCAGGGGAGUUCUCCAUUGAGCUUUUUGAGUCCCUUUCACAAUGAUGAAUCGCAGCACCAGUGAUCGAGCCUCGGAUGAGGUGCCUUUCCUAGCCGACGAAGAAAAGGAUGCGUACACAACUUCGAGAAGGCUUUCAAGGCGAGAAGCAAGGUGGGCGCGUCUCUUGCCGUAUUCUGGCGCGCUCAACGUGACGCUGCUGGUGGCCCUGCUCGCCACAUGGAUCUUGCAAAGGCACGACCCGAACAAGGCGUAUAUCCCAAAUGAAAUAUAUUCGCCCGCACUGUCUGCGGUCGAGUAUGAAACAGUUGUCUUCACCGGUGGGCUGCGGGGUGACAAGUCAAAGUUCCAAGGGUCCUCCAAAGAGGUGGACGCCGUAUGGGAUGAGAUGUACAAUGACGUGUUGAUAUCCGCAAUAUCCCCCGAGUCGGCCGCGAAGCUCCCCAACGCAACCACGCCGUUCACGUACGACACCGACCACUACAUCGUGGAGCUCGACGUCUUCCACCAGCUGCACUGCCUCAACAUGCUGCGCAAGCUCGUGUACCCCGCCGCCUACCCGAUGGACCUGACGUCGGAGUCGGAGGAGGCGGCCGACAACAUCUUCCACAUGGAGCACUGCUACGAGCAGCUGCGGCAGUCGCUUCAGUGCUCGUCGGACAUUAGCACCAUAUACUGGGAGUGGAGCGACAAGAAGCAGAGGAUGUUUGGCAACGUGCACACGACGCACACGUGCAGGAACUUUGACAAGAUUCGGGACUGGGCGGUAGAGCACCAUGCCACGACGGACUUGGACUUUGCCAAGCACGUAAUGGGAGCGCCGUUGCGACACGAUUGA